UUACAAGCAGCUUGUGGUGUCACGUGAUUCGAUGAACCAUGGAGUCGCAGUUUGUUGAAUUUGAAAGUGAACCAAUUUUUGUAAUAAAUUAGACAGCUUAUUGAUUAUUUACACACGCAACGGUACAUUCGUUUGACUCAUAUCUCGUUGGAAGUUUGGCAAUAUACAAGGACUUCAGGAAGUACUUUAGUACUUUGGGGCGACUUUGCAGAAUCAAUGUAAAGAUGAAUGAAGGCAGAGACUCACCGGUCCCACCUAUUGAAAACCGUCGUAGUGAUUCGCCUGCUCUUCCCCCGACUCCACUGUUGUGGUUUGAAUUUCUUUUGAAGCCAGGCCUACUGGAAAGUCAUCUUAGCAGUGAGAAUCCAGAGCCCUCAGCUACUCUCUUACUUGAGCAGUUUGUUGACCAAUCUAUCAAAGAAGCAAACAAUGAAGAAUCUCCAAGUCAGCAUCGAAAGAUUCACUCCCUCAAGGUCCUGGCUCUCAAAGUGGCAGCACAUCUCAAAUGGGACUUCUCUUUCCUCCAGACCAGCCUUCCUUUGUACAUGGUACAUAAGGUUCUUAAAGACUUUGUUGAGUGGGUUUCCCCUCCAGAGUUAAACAUCCAACCAACCACUGAUGUAUGUAGCUUGGAUGACUCUGUUUUGGUUGCUUUGACAAUCUACAAUAGAUGGAGUGUGAGAACAUUUGUUGAGAGAUCAGUCCCAUCCAAGUUAAUCAAGACACCACCUGGUAAUGUUCCUGGUGCCUUCAAUGUGGCUGGGGUAAACGAUAUGGUCAUGAAAACGGUCAAGGACACUCUUCCGGAUUCUCUCAACUUCUUGGAGCGAUGCCUACCCCUUGAUCGAGACAUCUACUUCCCAGACACCCAUACUUUCAUUGACAUUGAUGCCUUCUCCUCCUCCUCACCCACCCCAUCAUCAUCAGCCAAUGCUAACAACUCUCUCACAAAGCUACCAGCUCCACAGCUGCAUGGAAUCAAGGUCACCAAGGAAGAGUUCCUUUGGCAGUUGAACUAUGACCUUGGAUGCUACAGCUUCCAUGAGCAGCAGUACGGAAAGGCAGCAGACAUGUUCCAGAGAGUCCAGGAACUUUCUCCCAAGGUUGAAACUUCCUUUUACUGCUGCCCUGAAGCCUCAAAGUUAGAAGGUUAUCUGGCUGCAUGCAGUGCCCUCAUUGGUCAGAAUCUGAACAGACUUCCGUCCAAUGAGCCUCCAUCACUUCUAUCAAGAUGUGAGGCCAGCAAAGCAAGAAAUUAUCAGGACAUUGUGGCUGUACUUCUGGAGGAUAAUUUCAAGCAGGAGCUUUCCAUGUGGUACAGAGAAUGCCUCGGUGACGACGUCGCCAAGUCGGCAAUCACUCCUUCCAAACUAAAACAACAGGUGGCGCUCUGCAAUUCAGCACGUUUGGCAGCUGAAGGGAGGAUGAACCUAAAUGACCUUAAGAUGAACCUUGUACAGUCUCCCCAGGAGGCAAGGCCAUUCUUUGUAGAGUGUAUUGUAAAGACUAUGUCAUCCAGUAGUGAACAUCAGAAGUCAAAUAUCAAGUCUCUUUUGAGGUUAUUAUUCCGAGAUGACACGCUGUGUAAAGGUAUCCUGGAAGGCCCUCUCUGUGUCCUCUUCUCUGAAGAUGAGAGACAGGAGUUCUUGAGAUGUUGCAAGCCCGAGGAAGGAAAACAAGCUGGUGGGGACGCGAGUCAGAGGGAUCAACAUUCAGACAACCAAGGGCUUCAGAUGGGCCAGUUGGAACUGAAGCUACUCCUAACACAAGAUCCAAAUGAACUAGAGUCUGUUCUAAGGGCUUUGCACAAAACGACUCCAAACAGGAGAUUCUCUGCAGUUUGCAGCAAGUGGCAAAUUGAUAGAUCAUAUGGCUACAUCAUAGAUGCUAUGAACAACAGACUGGUACAGGAUUUCAUCUUUAUUCUACUGGUCAAAGCACAGCAUUGUAUAGAGAAGAAAAGUUACGAUGCAGCUAUCAACCACCUUGAGGCUGCCUGUAAGAACACCAAGGAUUCAUACUUCAGGCUCUACACUGGCGUUAGGAACGAGAUCCUCUACGUAGAACUACUGAGGAUGGCAGAACAGAAAGGCGCCAAGACCGCUGGACCGGACUUCAAACAGAUGGUGCUGGCCUGUCUGCUAGGAACUCGCAGUGAUCGAGAUAUCCAGCCCAGGGAACCAGUCUUGGAUCAAUGCAUCUUGUUCCUACUCAACAGUCAAUACUGGUUAUGUUUCUUCAAUGCUGAUAUUCCCUUGCCUUUUUGGAGGAUCAGUAAAUUCAUAGCCCUGUGUAUGAAAGAUGACCCAUCUGAUACAAAUAAAUGCCGACCUGUGGCCAAGGAGCUUUCCCAAGCUAUGGUGUCUGUGUUCGGUACGACCAUACAGACUAAACGGAAUGUCACUGGAGGCAAUGCUGCUACUGUCACUAGGGAAACCAGUACAGCUAUCAUGACCAGGGUUGAGUUUGUGAACUUUGUGAAGUCUCUUUACGAUGAUAGAUGUCUGAGUCUUGUCCUCUCCUGCCUCGUCAAGAUUUACAACCUUCUUAAAGAUGAUGUGACUAACGAGUUAUCCCAUGAAUACCCAGCACUAUGGCCAAACACUAUCACAAAUCCUGGCUCAGUGGAUAUUGACGCCGUGGCUACGACACUCCAUGAGGUCAUAGGUCAUGCAGUAUCUAUGGACCCGAUGAAACCAGAAUGGCUGUGUACACAUGCAGAUGCACGCUAUGCUAAAAAGCAGUUUGGAUCGGCGCUAAAGUUUUACCUCCAGGCUGCUAUGGUAUCCACACAGUUCUUUGAGAACCCAAUACCCAAGACUGUAUGGACAGAGCAGGUCUACAAGCGAUGCAUCAAGGCCUGUUCUGGCCUCCAGUGCCAUACCCAAGCAGCCAUCUUGUGUCAGUUCCUCCAACCCAUUGAUUAUGUGACUGCUUUCCAAGCUCUGCAGGAGAAGAGAUGCUAUGAUGGUAGUGAUAGCUUAUACAGUUGCUUCUGGGACUUGGCCAUACUAGAGUUCCUAGUGUUCACACAUCACAAAAGGAGUGAAAUGGACAAGGAACAAGCUGCAAUGGAAGUCCUAAGCCAGGCUGAGCUAAACACCUGCAACUCGGAGACGGUCUUAGCGGCAGCAGCGAGGAAACGUCAAAAGCUCUUCUUGCAGUCCAUGGCCAAACAGUAUCUAUGAUGAUUCUUUCAUUACAAUGAACUGA